ACCGCAACGGAGGCACGUUGGGAAUCCUUAGCCGCUAAACCGAUGUAUUAUGCAAUUUUAUAAUAAUAUUUAGGUUAAGAUAACUAAGGAUGAGUCCGUAGAUAAGGAGUCGAAGGACUUGAUCCUUGUGCACGUGGCGGAGGGCGAUAGGGCUGGGUCGCAUAUGUGUUUUGUUUUGGAAAAAAAAAAUCAUUCAACCGAAGCCGAGGAAAAAAAAACAAAGCUCUCGACGAAAAGGCGAUAUCGUUGUGGUUCCUCGAUCGUGUUCUUCCACGAAGAUCCAAGGUCAACCAACCAUGGGACAAGACUAUAGCUACAGCCAGCCUUCUUCAUCUUCGGAGUUUGACACGACCUCCCUACUCUUAGCAGAAGCUGAAGCCUACGCGGAUGAAGCUGAGAGUACCUACACAAUUGAAGAGCCGGUUCAGUACCCACUGCAACCUGAGGCAGAUGAAGGCAUCCCGACGACAUGCUAUUGUGGUGCUGAGCCAGUUGUUGAAACUUCGUACACUCCUAGAGAUCCAGGCAGAAGGUACUUCUCGUGCGUCAACGUUGACGAUGGAGACUGUCACAUUUGGAAGUGGUGGGAUGUGGCUAUCAUGGAGGAGAUGCGUGACGCUCAGAGAAAAAUCAGGCUGCUCAAGGAUCAAUUCUUUGAGACUGACCAGAAGGUGGCAAAGCUAGAGAAGACCGUUGGUUUGUUACGUAAGAAGAAUUCAGGGGUUGCAAAGGGAGUUUGUCUACUGGUCAUGGUAAUAACGGUCUUGAUUUUGUGCUGGAAGAGCUUUAGAGGAUUUAAGCCACAACGUCUCAACUCGAGAUUGUCUUGCCAGGUACGAUCUUGCUGCUGCUUAAUAAAAACCAGCAGUUCACUUCAAUGUUCAGUUGACCUUGAGUCAUCCGAACCUGCUUGGUUCGGUAGUCAAGGUCCUGGUUCAGCAGUAACUCUUGUCUUUUGUGUUGUAUCCAAUCUAUCACACUCCCUCAAUCUCUGA